AUGGACCUGAAGAAACUCUCCGAUCUACUGGGAGCCACGGUCUACUCUCCGAACAGGUCCGUGGCCGAACAAGAGCUCAAUCACGUAAGCAUGCUUUUUUUUUCCAUCGCCGGUUGGCGGCACACGCACGACCAUACACGACAUAAGUUGAAGGUUAUGCGGGCCGUCACACGCGCGCUAAUUAUUGUUAUUUUUUCUUCCUUCUUGGCCGUAAUGAAUUCAUCCGGCAGUCGGCAUCCCACCGAGGUUUUCACUACUACUAUUCUAUGGUCAUACCGUGACCAGACGCCAGAAAUCAACCUCCACGGAAGAAUUCUGCCCGCAAACCGUCGACCCGCCAAAUUUGAAAACUAGGCAUAGAUUUCUCUAGCCUAGGUAUUUUUGAAGCAUAAAAAUUUGAUGCAGAGACCCCCAAAUUUGUCUAAAUACUUAUAAAAAUAAUGUAUGUAAAAUUUAUUUGUGAUUGAUCAAACUUAGACUUGAAUAUUUAAGCUUCGGGGUAGUUUUUCCAAAAGUAUUUCAGUUUUUUCUAUUUAUUUCUUCAAAAACUAUUUUAUUUCUGCUUAAUAUAUUUAGAACUUUUAUGAUUAAUUGUCAUGUUUACCGUAAUAAAUGUUAUUAUAAAAAUUCCCUCAAAUCCAUUAUAUUACAAGAAAAUUAAAUAUGCAAAUUAUUAUUUAAAUUUUUUUUUUUUAACUCUUUCUUCACUGAGAAAUUAUUUAAAAUUACCUUAAUGUUUCGGAGAAGAAUUGUAAACAUUGAUUAAGUAAAUAUUAUCAGACAGUCCAUUUAACUUUUAUAAAUAAAUUUUAAAAUCAAUAACCGGUAAAGGUAGAAUAUUUGAUGGUUAGUUAGUAUAGAAAAUAUAAGAAUGAAACAUAUUUUAAUCAAUUGUUUAAAGUAUAUACAAAAAAUGAAUUUUUACAAGUCUCCAGAUACAUACAACAGGAAAUGUUGGUAAUCUUACAGAAUUUAAAAUUAUUUUUAUUGAUACUUGUUUGUUAUUACCCUGCCAAACAAUACAAAAAAUAAAAAUAUAAAUAAUUAUAAAUUGUAUAUUGUAAUUUUUAAAAUGAUAUUGUAUGAAAUAGUAAAAUUUAUUUAAAAUUAGAGGCCAGAACUCGGAAGUAUCUUUUAAGAUUAUUUCAAACGCAUUUUGUUAUCCAUAUGAAUUCUGCAAAGUAUGAUUCCAGAAAAUGUCUAUUAGUUUCACAAAACCCCAAAAUAUUCCACCAAAAAUCCAUUGUUUUCAUUUUCCUGCACUACUUUUCUUCACACAAAUAAACUUUCAUUUUUUUCAAUAAAAAGACCAGGACUGUCAAUUUCUUUAUUAUGACUAUUACCUAUACUAACACAUACCUCAUGUAGAUACUUGGUCCAAUUGACAACAGUAUUUUGUCCCAUUUUCAGUUCACACUUAGAAAAUGUAAAUAAAGUCAUUUUUUAGGCUCAGCAAUUUAUGAAAUGGAUAAUAAUUGUAUGUAAUGCUGUCUAAAAUCCGGUAAUCAAAUUAUUAACUGUUUUCCUUCCAGCAACUUCUCUUCUGGAAUCUCAAUUGUGAUCUCUUAAUAGACAUUAUAUGACUAUUUUUACACAUUUCACUAACUGUGACUAUAUUAUUCUUUUAUAAAAAUUUAAUUCCUAUAUCAUCAUUGAAAAGUACUAAGAAUAAAUCAUUGUAAUUAAUUAUUUUUUUUGAUUCUAUUAUAGGUUUUCCUUCUUUGUGAAUCAAUGAUUCCCAACCACUUCAUUUUAUGUCCACUUUGUAGAUUUUUCAAAAAUCUCACACUCCAUCUAUAAAUUUAAAAAGUUCAUGAAUUUUUUUUUUUGGUAUGCUGUCUUUAUAAAUAAAUAAACUACCUACACAAUAUUUGUAAUGACUAUUUUUUUUUAUUGAUAAUAAUUAUUUAUGUAUCAUAUGAUAUAUUUAGACACGUAGGUAACAUAUAUAUAUAUUCUUUGAGUUAAAAAUUUGAUAAAAUGGUGUAAAAAUUUGUGUGAUUAUUUAAAUAUAAAUGUCAAUUCAGUUACAAAAUUCUGGAACUUAACUAUAAAUUACUUAUCCAGUCUAGUUCUUCUCUUGUCGUCUUCAUGAUAUCCUUCAUUCCUCCUUAAAAUGUUCCCCUUGGGCAGUCCUGUCACAAUAUAUUCCAUUGUCUGACUAAUGUUAUUUUCUUUUGUUGUUUUAUGAGCAAUGUUUUACAGAACAAUAUAGACAACAAUAAUUAGAAGAAAAUGUAUAAAUAUGAAUGAAACUAAAGUAUCUGUUUGUAAACUUUUUUAAAUUAUUUUUAACAGUAUAGUUGUUUUGGGAAUUUAUUUUUUUCUUCACCUUUCUAAACUGGUUCAUUGGCAUCCACUCUUAGGUAAAAAGUUUAAAUUUCGCCAAAAGUUAAAUAGAGUCAUUAACUUAGUUGCCAUUUUUAAGUGUUAGAUUGUUUCAUACUGUACGCUAUUCUUCAGCUGAGUUUAUUUGUAUAAGGUGCUGGGCAGUGGCCUCAAGUGGUGUCUUAGAAUUUGACUCUACUGUGGGAGCUAUUUCGAAAUAGAUUGACUUUAAUAUUUCACUUAUCACUCUUGUGGCAAUGUUUCAAUGUACUUCAAAUUUUUUAACAUAUUGACUAUUUGAACACAACAGCUAUAUUCUGCUGUAGAAUAAACUAGUGCUAGAUAAGCAGUUUUGGUUGUAUAUGCUUCUGAUUCCCAUCUCUUUCCGGCUAGUUUCUAUAGUAAGUUUACUUUUCAUCUUAUCUUCUUCUGCACACUUUCUAAAUGAUUCUUAAAUGUCAAAGAACAAUCCACGAUCUCUAUUAGAUAAGAAAUUAUAAUUCACAGUCACAUCAUUGAACAUGAAGUACGUGUAGUAAUCAAUCAGUUUGUCUGUUGUUGAGGUGGAAAGCUCACUCUUCUGUUUUAUACAGGUUGAGAUUUCAUAAUGAAGCAGGACUAUAUUUCGCUGUCCCAUUUUGUAAACUUCAAUAAAUACAAUGUAAGUGUAUUGUCAAAAUUGAAAACUAAUGCAGUGUCACCACUAUGUUGUAACACAUUUCAUUGGAUUUAAUGUCCAUCGGGACAUAGCCUCAAAAUCGUUAAGGUUUUUACAAAAGAUUACGCAGUAUAUCACAGUACCUAAUCAUAAUAAACACAUAUUCCCUGGAUUGACUGUUAAACCUCCAUAGCGUGUCAUGGUUCUUAUUUUAUUUCAAUUAGUCUUUCCAUAACUGGUAUAUGCAUAUCAUAUCCAUUAGAACUAAUUAUUAUCUAUACUACAUGAUCUUGAACUUAUAAGUUGAUUAAAGUUUAUCCAACUUAUUAAAUUAUCCAAAAGUAUAUUUAUUUAAAAUUGUCCAAUUAACUUGUUUCAAUUUAAUAAUUUAAUUGAAAUAAACCAUUAUAAGUUUACCUAAAAAGCAUAAUUUAUAAAUACUUGUUUAGCCAAAUAAAUUUAAUAUUUUUAUAUGUAAUGUAAAAUUAUUAUAAAACCAAAUGUGUAUUGUAUUGAUUAUUAGAUAAACAAAAUAGCUGGAUUUGGUCCAACUCUUAUGGAAAUUAUUCAUAAUGUAGAUAUUGAUUUGUCUACAAGACAAGCUGGUAAGAGAAGUGACUAUAUGUAUACGCUAUAUCUUUUAUGUAUGUACACUAUAAUAUUUUUGUAUAUUUCAGCGGCCAUUUAUAUGAAAAAUUUUAUUCAACAACAUUGGGCUACUCGUGAAGAUGAACCAGAAAAAUUUUCAAUUCAUGAAGUUGAUCGAAUGAGGAUUCGAAAUACAAUUUUAAGCUGUAUGGUAACAGCUCCAGAACUAAUACAGUAAGCUAUGAGUAUUUUAUCCAUUUAUUAAUUGUAGAUUCUGAGCGAAGUUAGGAAUAUUAUAUUAGUUUUACAAUGAUAUUUUUUCUUUUCUGUGAACAAUUUUUCAGCAGAAACAUUGCUCCGAUUUUUGGAUCAUUGCUUUUUUUAAACUUGGUAAUUUUUCUAAAAUACUGAAGCCAUUUUUGAGUUAUUUAUAGAUACUUACAUUUUUCAAGUUUUCCUGUUACUUUUAUUCAGUAGAUACUCUGUAGGUAUAAUUGUGAAACUAAAUAGAGAUAGUAAACAAUUUACCAGAAGGUUUAUUAUAAGUCAUAAUUUCUAUUAAAAAAAUUGAGUGUAAUGUAGAAUUUUAUUGUUAACAAGUAUUUUGAUAAAAAUCGUAAAUAUUGUGGCCUUUUUUAACGAGUAUAACUGAACUAUGCUCAGAAUUGUUUUUAUUUGGCAAUGAUUAAUUAAUCAUUGCAUACAAAAAUACAUUAAUUAUUCUCUAUGCCGUGUUUUCCCAACUUCGCAUCUACAAUAGUGGCCCACCCAUCAUGUGAAGUAUAUCAGUCCUUUUAUGUUUAAUUUUACCAUAAAUUAUAAACAAUUAAAGCUACUUUUAAUUAUAUUAGGAAUCAGUUUGCUGUAGGUUUGGUGACAAUGAUGAAACAUGAUUUUCCUGGACGGUGGUCUGAUGUCAUCGAGAAAAUUGAUGAAUUGAUAAAAAUGGAUAAUUUAUCUUGUUGGAUGGCUGGUAUUUUAGGAUUUUCAGCUUUAGUAAAAGCUUUUGAGUAUCAAAAGGCAGAUAAAUCUCCCAUACAUGGUGCAGUCAAAGUAUUGCUUCCUAAUAUAUAUAAUGUUAUGAUUACCAUAGUAAAUGUUCAAACAAUUGAAGCUAUUAAACUGCAGAAAAUUGUAGUAAAAAGUUAUUUUAAACUUAUACAAGUAAGCUAAAACACUAAUCCUAAUAAUUUUUUAUUAUACCACAUUUUCUUUAAAUAAACUAUCAUAAUUUAGAGAAAUAAUAAUUAAUUUAAUAUACUGAAUUAAGUAAGUUUAUUAUAUUUUUUUUAAUUUUACAGUUUAGCCUAAGUCCUGAUCUAAUGGAAAGAACCACAUUUACAAAAUGGAUGGAGUUAUUGAGUGUUGUAUUAUGUAAUCCAAUACCGGUAGUUAGUGCGAAUGAUCAAGCAUUAUGGUGGAAAGCUAAAAAAUGGGCAUUACACUCUAUUUAUAGAAUUUUUGAGAGGUAAAUAUUUAAAAUUGAACAAAAGCCUUAAUGUUGUUUGUUAACUUGAAAUUAAUUUGUUAACCAAUUUUAGGUAUGGAUGUCCAGGAAAUUCUUCUCAAGAAUAUCAGUUAUUUGCUGCAUUUUAUGUUAAAACAUUUUCAAGUGGGGUCAUUGACAUUAUUUUAAGGAUUUUAGAUCAAUAUCGAAAUAAAAUCUAUGUUCCUCCUAGAGUUAUGCAAAUGGGUUUAAAUUAUCUGAAUCAAUGGUAAAUCAACAUUUAAACUAAACUACUAAUAAAAAAUAAUAACUUAUUAACAGCAUAUAUUAUAAUGUAAAAAUAACUUUAUAAUUUCAGCAUUAUUAUUGCUUAUACAUGGAAAAUUAUUAAACCACAUGUACCAACUAUUAUUCAAGAUAUAAUAUUCCCCCUUAUGUGUCAUUCAGAUGCCGAUCAAGAACUAUGGGAAUCUGAUCCACAUGAAUACAUCAAUCAGAAAUUUGGUAACAUCUAAAUUUUAAAUUGUAAUUUCUAAUUAAUAGAUUGGUAAUGACAAUAAACUACAAAGUAAUAAUAGAUGAAAUUGAGUUUGAAAUACCUAACAUCGUUUUUAUAAAAAACCGUUGGCUUUAACGUGUAUUAUUUAAACAUGGAAUUAAGUGUUUUUUAAGACAAGAAUUCGAAUGAAACUAAAAAGUAAGUUCUAUAAGAGUGUGGUAAGGCGAUGUUUGUAUGAUUUGGAGUGUUCAGCAGUGGAUGAAAAAAAAUAAGUGUAACAGAGUUAAGAAAGCUUUGGUGAAUAAAUUAUGUUGCAAUAGAGGAUAAAAUAAGGAAUGGGUACAUAAAAGUAGUAUAUGUGUGGCUUCAAUAGAAAAAAAAUAAGAAUUUAGACUAAGGUAGUUUAGGCAUGUCAUAAGAAAUGAGAACAGAAAGAAUUAAAAAUUGAAAUAAACAUAGGAAACAAAAGGAGGUUGGAUGCAAUUAAAAAGUCUUAAGUGUCUACCUGAAAUAAUUUAAAUGAAGGCAAGGAGAAAAUAAGAUUAUCUAAUAUUGGCAAGCAAAAGGGGUUAAGCAACAGUUUUAUUACUUUUUAGGAGAGCAAAAACAAAAUAUAUAUUUGUUCUUUGACAUUGGCACUUCGGUUUUUAUUUAAGUUCUAGGAAUGAAAUUAUAUUUCUUACUCUAAACACUGAUGAUACUAUGAACUGAACUCUUUCCUUGAUGCUAAACACUUAUAAAUUUAAGUCUUAUAAGGAUUUUAUUGCUUGCACAUAAUCUUCCCUUUCAUCAAAUCCUUGUUCUUUUUGAUCUUAUAUUUGUAAAUCUCUCUCCUCAUCUUUUAUUCCCCCUCAUUUUGUGUAUGAAGAUUCCAUAAGGUCAAAUCCCUCUGUAGCUGCUGCUUUAUUUUCUAGCUUCUUUUCUUCUGUUUACUCUCUCGACUAGUUCUUCAAUUUCACCAACACACUGGGCGCUCAAAGUUUUCUCAGGUUCAUACUCAACAAUUCCAUCUUGUCCUGCCACUAAAUCUCUCUACUGUGCUCUGGUACAAUCUAUCUUUGAGUACGGCAGUGUAUUAUAGGACCCAGCUCCUACAUCAUUUAAGGCUAUGAUCGAGCGUGUUCAGCAAAGGUUUCUCCGUGCUGUUACAUACUGAUUCAAAUUCCUUGUCCUUCCCAUGAUUACUCUACUGUCUUACGUGCUCUGGGCCUUCUAAGCCUUGUUGAUUGUAGGCAGGCGAUUAAUAUCUCUUUCCUAUCUAAUCUCCUUAGUGGAAAGAUUGAUUCUCCUACUCCUAUUUCUCAUCAAUUUUAAACUCAAUCCAAUCGCUCCUAUGCCCAUUUCACAUACAUUGCUUAUCUACACAUUUUCUCGAAAAUUACCCCAUCAAGUGUUUAAUAUGUGGACCGCCAAUAACGACCCUAUUUUGUUUGACCUUCAAUUAUAAAUAAUUAUGAUAUAUAUAUAUAUAUAUAUUUUUGUUAUUUCCUUAAAUUUCCUAUUUUCAUUAUUCUAGUCUGAGUACAAAUUUUUGUCUAAAUAAAACCACCUAAGUGGGAAAAAACAUAGAAAAACGUACAAUUUCAUUAUUUUAUAAAAACAGACGUUUUCUACCAAAAAAAAAUGAUUUAAUCAAUAAAUCACAGGACACUUUUUUUUUUUGCUACUUUUAUGAUUUACUUACAGUAUCAUCGCUAAAACUUCUGAGCCUUUGAGCUUUUAUAGCAUUCCAAGUUUUUUUACUGUAAUUCAGCGGUUAUAAAUACUGUAGAGACUAGAAACUUGCUAAUAAUUCUUACAUUGGACUUACCUAGACAUGGUAAAAAUUCCAAAAUCAUCUGAUAACUUUUAAUUUUUUACAAUGGUACUUUAUUUUUUUUAUUCUUAUAUUUAUAUAUAGUAUAUAUAUAUAUAUAAAUAUAAAAAUAGUAGGCCAUUUUUACUUUUGAAAACUUGCUCCGAUAUAUAAGUGUAGCACAUUUUUUGAAAGUCAAUUUUAACUUAGUAAAUGCAUAGGUCAUUCUUUGAUUUUUGAAACUGUACCUAAAAUAAAAACAAUUAACCAGGAAAAAAAUACAAUUUUACCCAUUAACCCGUAUUAGUAAAUUUGUCGAGCUUAUGAUGGUGUGGAAAAUUACACAAAAUGUUAUUUAUUAUAUAACUACUAGAAGUAUAAAAAUAGGUUGAUAUUGUUCAAGGAGAGAAGUUUGAUAAGAUGAUAUAACAUAGUGUCUUAUUCUCCUCAACAACUAGAGACCAUAUUUUUGUUAAAAUUUUUAUUUUUAAUUAGCAUUUUGAAAUCAAAUUUAAACAAAAAUACGACACUUCGUAUGUGUUAUUAUGUAUUACCAAACUGCGUUUGGAGUUUUCUUUUGUCAGCAAUGGUUUAUAUUUGCUUACAAAUUUAAAUGAAUUAACCUUAUGUAUCCUGCCUUCCCAACUACAACAGUAAUUGCACACGUCCCCAGUUUCAGCUCUUUUUUUCUUAAUUUGUUCAACUUGUCUAAUUAUAAGUUAAAUCAAUACUUAUUGUUUGUAAUUGGAUCUUGGUCUGUAUUUUUUUUUAUAAAUUAAAUAAAUAUAUUAAUUCUGUUUUAUGUUACUUUAAUGGUUUGAUACUAGUUAUGUUACAAAUAUUUAUUAAUUUUUAAACACAUUAAAUUUUUGUUAAAACAGCAUUUUUUUUUUUUUGAAAGGCGCUAGUACCUUAAUUUAAAUUUACUACGAUAAUAAUAUUUUUAUAUUGAAUAAAUACUUAGGUCUUAUGAUUCAAAAAUCUAUGAUUGAUGUAUUAUUUUUUUUUAUUUUAUAAUAAUAUUAUUAUUAUUAUAAAAAAAAAAAAACAUAAAUUGUUUCUUUAUUUUGCUAUAACAAAUAAAAAUCUUCGAAUCAUUCUAAAAAUCAAAGAAUUUGAAAUUUCUUCAGUUUCAUUAAUAACAGUCUCAACUUGAGUUAGGUAAUCUAUUAUAUUUGAUCUUGAAUAAUAUAAAUUGUCAUUUUUAAAUAAGCCAUGUGAAGUGUGCAGGUAUAAAUAAGAUAAACUACAACAAUACUUAUGAUUUAUAUUAUAAUAUAAUAAUAUGUUUACCUUUCCUUCCUUGUUAUUUCAAUUUUUAGUCACCACUUGCCAUGAAAAACAUAUAAACAAAAAUUUUGUGACUGAUUUUAAUUGGAGGCAUAUUGAUGCCUUUCUUAUAUUAAUUAUAAUAAUAUUAUAAAAGGUGAAUAAAUGAUAAUAGUUGGGUCCAAGUGCCACGUGGUUGUCGUUUGGCAAAUAAAAUUUUAAUUGUCGCUUAUACUCAAAAAAAAAAGGCUCUUGACUCCUACUUUUUUACACUUCUGUUGUAUAUGUCAAUAAAUGUUACUUGUACCACAAAAAUAAAAAUAAAAUAUCUCAUUUCUAAAUGAUCAUAGGAACACUAGUGCACCUGUGUAAUUAAAUUCUUUAAGUGUCAGUUUUCCUGUAGUAUACACCAUACUGCUUAAUCCCUUUUACCUUAUUUCAGACAAUAUAUAAAUAAUAAAGCUUUAAAUUACAGAUAUUUUUGAGGAUUUAAUUUCCCCUGUAAUGGCUUCUCAAUCAAUCUUACAUUCAGCUUGUAAAAAACGUAAAGAUAUUUUACCAAAGGCUGUGCAAUUUAUUGUUGGUGUUAUAACUUCUGUUGGGGCAACUCCUGCUCAAAAAGAUGGAGCCCUUCAUAUGGUAAUCUCGACAUACAGAUUUUUUAUUGGUAUGCAGUAUAUUUAACCAUAAUUUUAUUAUCGGUUUGUAGCUUGGUGCUUUGGCUGACGUUAUAUUUAAAAAAGAUAUGUAUAAGAACCAAGUGGAUGAGAUGUUAUAUCGACAUGUAUUUCCAGUUUUUCAAAGUCCCCAUGGCCACUUAAGAGCUAGAGUAUGUGUUUAAAUAUUCUUAUAGUACAAUACAUUUAAAAUAAUUUUGUUUUAUAUUUAGGCUUGCUGGUUUAUACAACAUGUAUGUGAUGUUAAAAUCAAUAAUGCUGGCAUCUGGAAGGAUUUAUCUGCACUUUGCUCUAAUGCACUCUUAAGUGAUAAGGAACUACCAGUUAAAAUUCAAGCUGGAUUAGCCAUUCAAGCAUUAUUAAUUGCAGAAGAUGGAGUUGAACAAUUUUUAGAACCUCAAGUACAUUAGUUCUUUAAAUUUGGUAUGAAAUAUAAGAAAUAUAAUUUUACAUUUUCUUUUAUAGAUCAAAGAAAUUGUGCUGGAACUUUUAAAUGUAUUGAAAGAAACAGAGAAUGAUGAUAUUACCUGUGUUGUUCAAAAAGUUAUUGCAAUUUAUUAUGAUAAACUCGCACCAAUUAUGUAUGAAAUUUGUCAGAAUUUGGUAGGUAUUAUAUUAUUUUUAUUUUCAUUUUUAUAUUAUAAUUAAUUUGGUUGGAUACAUUCUAGCAGGUCUCUAUUUAGCACGGAUAUAGAUACUAUGGUUGCUUAACACACUAUAAUAUAACAGUAACAACUAUUCAUAUCGAGAAUUAAAAAAAUGUUCAUACUAGUCUCCUUACAUUCAAAUAUUUCCGUGUAAUCCGUGAUUAAUUAUUUAAUUUUUAUGAGAAUGAAACAUUUCAUCACAGUACUUAAUACAAAAUUGUUCAAUAAAAAAUAUGCAAUUGAUUUAUGUAUGGAAAUUAGUUUUUGAGGUUAAAAAUAUAUAUAUAAUAUAUUAUACUAUAUUAUUAUAUAUAGUAUAUUAUACUAUAUAUAUUUGUAUUACUUUUUUGAUAUUAUUAAAUGUUAAUGACAUUAAAUUUAGAUUAAUCUUCAGUUUUCUUUCCAUGCUAUUUUCUAUUAAUGGGUUAAAAGAUAUGUCAAUAUUUUCAAUUCUAAAUAAUUCUUGGAUACUGUUAAUUUUAGGUCCAAUCAUAUUUGAUAAAGAAUGUAAUUCAUAUUGUAUAAAAUAUAUUUUACUAUUAAAAAGGGUCUCUUUUUCCAUAGAUUUUGAGCUUUUAGAUUCUGAGUGGCGCGAAAAAGCCUAUGGUUUUACAAAAUAUUAAGGCACAUUUUUACUACCAGAAAUUUGUGUUUUGAAGUACUUCAGAGGGGUAUCAUUUUUUGAAUUUCUCUGGAGUUGUCUCAUCAAAUUUAAAAAACCGAGAAAAUCGAAACAACAUAUAUGCCUAUAUAAGUGUCUUACUAUAAUAUGACAUAUAUAUUGUUGACAAAACAUCACUAUCAACUGAACUCUUUUCAGAAUCGUUUUUUCAUCAAUAAUGGUUUAUCAUUGUUAUUGUGGUUUUUCGACUUGCUAAUGUUUUAGGUAAAAAAUUUGACUUAGUUUUUAAUAUGUAUGUGUGUGUCAUAGUGAGGUGGUCGCAUAUGAUUAUGAAUGAUAGGUGUAUAUGAGGUAUAGUGUAAUUAAACAUUAAUUUAUUCCUUAAUUUGAAAAACUAAUUUUCCACUGAGGGAGCUGAAGUCUCCUAAGGAUAAUGCAUUACAUGUGGGUCUGGUUUUGCGUUCACUAUAUAUUCUGUAACAACAUUCACAUUUUCAAUUUGUUAUUUUUAAACAUCUAAAGCUGUGGAUCUGGUCAAUUAAAAUUUUAUACUAAUAAAAUAAUAAUUUUUGCCACAGGUUGCUACCUUCUUACAAGUUCUUCAAUCAGAUGAAAUGAGCGAUAAAAAAGAAAUUACUGGUAUGAGUAUUUUAAGUUGCAUAGAAACUAUAUUGAGUGUAAACGAUGAACAGCCUCAUACAUUAGCAGCUCUUGAACCAAUUGUAUUGGAAGUUAUAGUACAUAUAUUUAGUACAGAUUCUGGUAGUGGUAAGUAUAUAUAAAUCAACUAUUUAAAUACUAUUCCAUGCGAUUCAAAAUUUAUAUUACAGCCAUUCUACCAUAAAAAAAAUUUGAAAUUUAAAAAAUUAUAUAAUACAAGAACUGUUUAACAGUUUUUUGGGGGGUCAACUUUUGAAAUUUAAAUGGGAACCUAUACAGUUUUUGCAAACAUAGUGUGAGAAUAUUUUUUUUUGUUCAAUUUUAGUGAUUAAAUAACAAUUUUUUAGAAUUAUUUAAUAUUUUUGGAAAUUAAAUUUUAAUGGCUUGCUGAUAAAUAGCUAAUAAUGCCUCUCAACACACUGCAUCACAUUUUUAUAAUGUUAUUAUAUUAAUUAAACAAAAGGUUUUUAUGUUAUACACAUAUUUAUAUUUUGGAUAUUUUUAUGAUAAGAUGCAACAAUAUAUAUAUAUAUAUAUAUAUAUAUAUAUAUAUUAUAUAUAUUUUGAAUCAUCCAGUAUAAUCAUAUAAAUUUUUUUUAGAAUACUAUGAAGAAGCUUUGAAUUUAGUAUGUGAUUUGACUAACACACAAGUGUCACCAAAUAUGUGGAGUAUUUUGCAAUUAAUUUAUAAUGUAAGUAAAAUUUAAUUUAAAAAUAAAAAAAUUUAAUUUUUUAAUGUUCAUCUUUUACACAGGUUUUCCAAAAUGACGGAAUUGACUACUUUGUUGAUAUGAUGCCUUGUCUUCACAAUUAUGUUACCAUUGGAACAGACACAUUUAUUUCACACGAAAGUAACAUUGGUAUUAUAUUUGAAAUGUGCAAAAAAGUGAAUAUCAAUUAUUAUUUUGUUUGUCUAUUAUAAUUAUUAUUAUAUAGUUCUUUAAAGAUUUUAGAAACUGAUGCUGGUGAAGAAGCAGAAUGCCAUGCAGCAAAACUGUUAGAGGUUAUACUUUUACAAUGUAAAGGCCGAAUUGAUCAAGUAAUUUAUUAUUUUGAUAUAAAAAUAAAAUCACUACUAAUAUUAUUUUUGUUUUUAGUGCAUAUUACCUAUUGUAGAUGUUGCAUUGAAUAGAUUGUUAAAAGAAAUUAAAUCAUCCGAAUUACGAGCAAUGUGCCUUCAAGUUAUAGUAGCUGCUAUAUAUUAUAACCCACAUUUAUUAUUUGAAACACUUGAAAAAUUACAACCAAAUAUUUCAUCAAAUGAACCAAUUUCUGUACAUUUUAUUAGACAAUGGUUACAAGAUACGGAUUGUUUCUUUGGGUUUGUCUAAUAAUUAAAACUAAGUCACUCUGUGCUUAAUAUAUAUUCUUGUUUAUAUCAUAUUUAGUAUUCACGACCGAAAGCUUUGUGUUUUGGGGUUGCUCACAUUAAUGUCACUGCCUCCAAAUCGGCCAAUUGCUGUAAGUGAACAUGCCCCACAAAUUGUGCCUUCAAUGCUCAUGUUAUUUGAUGGACUUAAACGUGCAUACAUGAGUAAAUAUUAUCAUAUUUCUAUAUUGAAAUUAAUUUCUUAUAAAUAAUAAAUAAGGUUAUAUAAGUCUUAUAUCUAAUUUUAAAUUUGUUUAUAAACUUAGAUAGAGAUAUUCCAGAAGGUGAAGAAUCAAGCCAGGAAGAAGACACCGAUACUGAAAACGGUAAUUUAAUGCUAUUUAUUUAUUUUUUAGAUUCUGAUUGCAGUAUGGAAUGUAUUGGUUUAACUAUUAUUUAUUUAUUAAUGUAUGUGUUUAAUUUUUAAAUUCAAUGGAAAUCAAGUUUUUUGAUUUUUGUGUCAAUGUUUUUCUUAAUGAUUCAAAAAAAGUUAAAUUUGCCUUUCCUAGGUAUAGUAAUACUUUCAAAACUUUUAUUGGUUUUUUUGAGCUAUUUAUAGAAAUUUGUAUUUCUUUCACCAAACAAAAGUGAUUACAGAUUUAACAGACUGUUUAUUAUUAUGUGUGAAUGUAAGUUACUUAAAAAUAAAUUAUUUUGAAAAUUAUCGUAUAAAUAUUACUAUUUUUUUCCUGUGAAAAACUUUUAUAAUAGCAAUUUUGCUUCAACUUUUAAUGAUAGCAAUGUUUUUUAAAGGAAAUUUCACGAGGAAGGUACUUUCGAGAUGUCAUUUUUUAAUUUUCCCAAAAUUUUUUUCAACAAAUGUGAAAAACCUGGAUAAAACAAGGAAAAAAAACAGUGAAAAUUAGUACAACAUAAAAAACAAAUAUUCUUAUAGAAAAUAUAUAAAGGCUAUUUAAUUAAUUUAAUAUAAAAUGACAUAUAUAUUGUUGACAAAGCAUCACUAUCAACUAAAUUCCGCUCGGAGUCUUUUUUUUUGGUAAGCAAUGAUAAAUCAUUGCUUACAGGUAUACAUUAAUUUAUCUAUGACAACAAUUAUCCAUUAAUCUUUUGUUAUUAUAUGCACAUAUAAAAAAAAAAAAAAUUUUUUUAUUGAAGUUUUAAGUAUAAACAUUACAUACUUUUACAUUAAUACUUUUAUUAUCUAACUAAAAGUUAUUUGUUAACAUAAUAAUGUUCUUGAUCAUCAUUUUUUUUUUAAUAAGUUAGGAAGGCCUAGUUUUUUUUAAAUUUUAUCUUAUAUUGAGAUCUAAUUUUAAUAAUGGGUAUGGAAAAUUUAAAAAAAAAAAUACCAAAAUAAUUAUCUCAAAAAAAUAAAUAUACUGAUUUGUUUUUGAAGGCAGACAAUUGACUCUUAUUUAGCACAAAAAAUUUAAUUAUUGCAAUACUUGAAUAAAUUUGAAAGGUGUAAUAAAUGCAAAUUAUUUUUUCAUUUUAUAUAAGAUUUAUAAUUUCUUAAACAUAAGAAUAACGAAAAAAUAGUAAAAUCACAGCAUUUCAAAACAUGCAUGCUUAAUGAAACUUCAAUCAGAAUUUUAUUUUGUAAAUAAUUGUGUAUCAUUACAUACAUAUAUAAAUUAAACAUUUGUAUUUGUCCCAACUUCUUCCACCUACAACAGUGACACACCCAUUGACACUUUUGGUUUUUUUUUUCACAAUUAAAUUAAUGAUAUUUUUUUUUAUUUUUAGAAUUAGGUACUGAUGAAGAUGAAAUUGAUGAAAACUUAUAUAUAAAUGAAAAAAGAAAAUCUUCAUUUAUGACUAUUGUAUGUCAAUUGUAUUGUAUGGCCUAUUUCACUAUUGGUGCCUGAGCUGGUUAUUUAUUCAAAACAUUAAUCAUGUAGCUGAGCAACUGUUUGGCAUACAUGGUCAGCACUGAUUAGUUAUCGACUUACAACUACGGAACAAAAAUUAAAUGCAUUCCAUUCGAUUUUGAUGAGUUUUUAUUAUAUUUGAAAGAGAGACACUCUCAAUCAUUUUUUAAAAAUCACAAAAUAUCGAAACUUAAUUUCAAUUUUUACUUCUAAAAAAUUCCUAACUCAGGCACCCUUAAGAAAAAAAAAUUAUAAUUUUACUUAAACAAAACUUGAAUUUAUAAAUAGUACUUUAUAUCCUGAUUGUGAAUCUGGAACAAUGUAGAGAUGAUUACACCCAUUUUAAAAGUUAUAUAUGUUUAAAAGAUUAAGCAUUAUAAGUUUAAUAUUACUCGUUGAUACCACUGUAUUGAUGAUUAUGGCAUAAUGUUUAUUAGCCCAAAUUGCUCUCUCCAAAGAUGGUUGGUUUUUUGUCCAAAAUUGUUCAUUAUACAAAUUUAAUUUAAUUCAGUUUCUAUAUUGAUACGGCCCUAUUUAUUAAUUUCUAUUUGUUUGGUAAAGUAAUAUUUUGAGAUAUUAUUGAUUUUUAAUUUUUCAUAACUCAGGAUCGACUGCAUCAAAAUUUGUCCAGAUUAGUAAUCAGCAUACAAAAGUACUAUCAAUAUCAAAAGUAGUAACUUGUCGUUUUUAUGUGACUCCUAUGAACUUUAUAUUAACCUUAUUGUGAGUAUAUCACAUUGUGCAUAACUUUCUCCGUAUUAUCCAUUUAACUUAAUGAUAUAAAAUUAUAUUAUCAUUUUUAAUCUUCAAAAUUAAUUACUAUGCAAAUUUUAAGAUUUUCCAUAAAAAUAAAAAAUUUAUUUUGGGAAUGAAUACAAAGUAAAAUCUUGCCAAAAAAAAAAACUAAUAUAUAUAUAAGCAAUUAUUUAACUGAGUUAUAUUUAAUUUAUAUGGGCAUGAAAUUCUAUUUUUGUUGGGAAAAUGAACUAGAAAUUAGAAUCUUAUUCUAAAGAAAAUAGUCACAAAAACCGACAAGUACCAAAAAGUCUCAAGUUCCAAUAAAGUGCGUUAUCUCAAAAAUUAUAUUGUUAAGUUUUUUAUUACUCAUUAUAGAAUGAUGAAAAUACUGAGGAAGACACUGAUAGUGAAGAUGAAGAUUAUGUACAGCCUGAAGAGACUCUGCUUGAAGUUUAUACAACACCACUUGACUCAGAUGACAAUAAUACCGACGAAACACUUGAUAUAUACAUUCUGUUCAAAAAUAUCCUAUUGAGCAUACAACACAAUGACCCUGCUUGGUACUUAGCACUUACCAAUCACUUAAAUAGUGAUCAACAAAAAUCUAUAAAUGAAAUAAUGGCCAUGGCAGAAACACGACGUGUUGAAGUUGAAAAUAAAAAAAAAGAAAAAUUAGCAGGUAUAUAUAUAUAUAUUUUUUUCAUUAAGUUUAAAUACUUCUUUAAUCCCAAUUAAAUCUUUAUUUCUUAAACGUAUAGUUAGGUAUAACAAUGGCAUUCAACAGGAACUAUUUCAUCCUGAUAUUUAUAAUUUUAGAUUAAAUUAACCAAUAAUCAUUUGUAAGAACAUUAUCUAUGCAACCAUAGAGGAUAUUUAUCAUAUUUUAAUUUUUAGCAAAACAAGUUUGUUAAUUACAGUUUAAAAAUACUUAAUAUCUUAAAAAUUAUAGUAUUUUAAAUCACUUACAUGGUUACCCAGAAUGUCCUUACCUUUAGGUUGUAGGUCAUAACAUAUACUCCAAUAUUAAAAUUACAGCAUAUAUUUACUAUUUAUUUCCUAUGAAUAAACUAAUUUUUAAAUUCCUUUUCAUCAUAAAUUGACAAAUUAUAGAUGACAUUCACUUUGGAUUUUCUGAUUCUUGGAGUAAGCUAUUAUAUACUUUAGUGUGAAUAUCAAGACAAAUUAAAGGCAGUUACUGAGGUUUGAACCAGGGUAUUGCUUUGCUAUGUAUGCCCCCAUUAAAAAUUAUAAACCAGUUCCGUUGAAAAAUGGUUAAAUUAAACAAAAAAUAUAUAUAUAUAUGUGUGUAUUAAAUGUUUAUUUGAUAUGGACAAAUUUAUGAAAUCCAUUUCUUAUAGUAUUGUAAACAUAUUGUUGAAUCAUUGGAACUUAAUGUACUCAUUCCUAUAAUAAUAUACUUUUGACACAAUUUCAGUAACAGAUUUAAAUAUAAUUCAUAGUUUUCAUUUUUUCUCACUAAACAAAUUAUUUUUUUAUUUAUGAGUAUAGAUCAUGUAGUUACGAAUUAUGACUUAAUGAUCUUGAUUUUAAGUAACUAUAAUACUAUACUUAUAAUCAUUUUAUGUAUUUUAAAAUUAUUUAUUUCAUACUGACAAGCCAACACUUCAAAAACCAUCACUGCUUUUUAAAUAUUAAAUACUACGUGCAGGAUUUUAAUUUUUUUUUUUUUUUCAGGUUUUAAAUUUGACCAAGCAACAGUUCCAACCACAUUUAGUUUUAGUAACAGUAAUAAUUCUCCUUUUGCUUUUGGCCGGUAA